AUGUUAUUCUGGCUGUCCGUUUUCGCCCUGUCAGCAUUACUGGUAAUGUUGGCAUUCCGAUAUCGUGCCACCCUCAUUCCCUAUGUCCCCAACCCGGUCAAGUCUCUAUUCCCGAGACUUGGACACUACAGCCCGCUUUCUACCUUUGCCGAGCAAGCGGAUGCGGGUUUGACUUCCUCCUCGUUCGACAUUGAAGCGAACAUUCAGGAAGGCGAUUCAAGGGCUGGUUUAGAUGAGCGUGGUACUCAGGAGGUCUUGGAGAUCAUGCGUCGUGAGCGAGUCAACUUUGAUCAGGCGAGGUUGAUUCGUCAGAAUCGGAUUCUGGCGGCGAAUGGUAUCGAUCCCUCUGGGAUACCACUCGAUGCGAAGGCUGUAACGAGGCUAUAA